CCGCCGGUGCGGGGAAAGCAGCCGGGCAGCAGGGAGCAAAGAGGAUGCAGCCGCCUCCUCCCGCCACCCCAGUGCCGGCUCCUCUAGCCGUGCUGGAUCCCACAGGACAGUUUGCAAAACGAAAGAAGACCUCUCUCUGGUUCACAGUUUCUCUGCUGGUAGUGUCUGUGUUCAUACUGACCAUAGGACUUGCAGCUACCACAAGAACAGAAAAUGUUACCGUCGGAGGCUAUUACCCAGGAAUCAUUCUUGGCUUUGGAUCUUUCCUAGGGAUUAUUGGAAUCAACCUGGUAGAGAACAGAAGGCAAAUGUUGGUAGCAUCCAUCGUAUUUAUCAGCUUUGGAGUGGUAGCAGCAUUCUGUUGUGCAAUCGUUGAUGGAGUCUUUGCAGCACGACAUAUAGACCCUAGGCCUUUGUACACUAGAAGGUGUCAGUUCUAUUCAAGUGGAAUAGGAUUCUUAUACGAUGCCUACCAGACGGAGGUAACAUGUUAUACCUUAAGCAGCAAGUGCGAGCUGAGAGUAAAGAGCAAUACAUGCUACUGCUGUGACCUGUACAACUGUGAAAAUUCAGAACAGUCAACCAGCUACUACGAGUUUCUGGGAGUGAACAGCUGUCAGGAUGUGGUUCACUUGUACCGGCUGCUGUGGGCCUCCACAGUCUUGAACAUCCUUGGAUUGUUUCUUGGGAUAGUCACGGCAGCCAUACUCGGGGCCUUUAAAGACAUGCAGGCACCUCUGUCCCAAAUUGCCUUUAGUUCUGUCCCCCCUCCUCAGAUCUUGUACAAUCCAGCCCAGCAGAUCCUGACAUAUGCCGGUUUUUGUCCCUCUGCUGCAGCUCUUCCUGCGUAUUCAUCCUAUCCUUUACCUCUUCAGCCUGCAAGCCAUUUUCCAGCAUCAUCAUCUACUGAUAUUUCUUUAUCUGAUGAUACUCAGCCUCCAUCUCAGUCCAGCUCGAACUGUGGUCUCCCACCCAAUGCCCCGCCACUAUACACACCAACGUAUUUUCUGCCAGAAGAAAAGCCUCCACCGUAUGCACCCUAGAACACAAUUACAUUUUAACUGAUUUUUUUUUUAAAGACAUCUUUGGAAACUCUGAGCUGCACAGGAAGCAAACUAUUAAGGAAACUGUUUAACUCCAACUCUCUCUGAGCUAACCAGAAUCCUGGAAACCUAAGGCAGGCGUGUCACCAGAGGAAGGUAUCAGUCACCACACAGUUUGCAUGUAGUCAAUUGGAACAGUGCUGUCUGGCUAACAUGAACAUGAUUUUCUCUCUCAGCAUAAUACAUAGUGACUUUUUUUCCCACUAGAAGAAAAAAAGAAACACACUUAGGAUACUUGGUUCCAUUUUCAUAAACCCGUAUAGAGUGAUACUUCUGAAUUAGAACUCUUAUAGUCUGGUGAAUAUACAUGGAAUCUGGAUUGAAAGAAAUGAGAUUUUUUUUUACCAUAUACUAUUCAGUUAAGAGCCCCUUUUUGGUAAAAAUGUUCCAAUAAAUACUGUGUGACAAUUGUUUGACAAUACAAUAUGCUGUGUUUGUAUAUUAAUACUGUACCUAAGUCAGUGUACACAUCACAAGAAACUGGAUGCAAAAUUCAGAGGUCAAGUUCCCAGUUAGUAUUGUCCUAUUCUGAAAAG